UCAUCAAUUUCUUCAUAAAAGUUUAAGAGCUGCACACUUUUCUUCUACAUAAGCAAAGGAAAGGACUCUUUGUCAAACAAAAUUUAACCAUUUUCACAUGCCAAGUCCAUCUCUUUACUUAUUAUGUCAUUUCCAUUACAAGCAAAGGGUUUUUUUUUUUGGUUUCAAGAAUUCAUCCAUCUCUUGCAAACAUUUUCUCCACUCGGCUUCAAAAAAGUGAUCAAGGUGGAUCCCCACCAGGCAUGGGCCAGCUAGAAUGCCCCACACGUUGCAAUCAGGGUUUCAUUGAAUUGUGAGAAAGUAGGGUGGUGGUGCUGACUGCUUCACUGGUAAUUGCCACAUCUUUGUCAAAUGACCCAAUUAUUAUAAAAGAAAGAUACCUGCUGGAAGAGGAUGAAUGACAAAAUAUACCCUGGUCGGUGUUAUCUCCAAAAAGAAAGAGCCUCAGCUUUGACAAAAGCUUCCAUCCCUUGCCUCCUUCCCCUUCUUUUAUGCUACUCAGCUCAUCAUCAAAUCUAGGGAUUGUUUAAAAUAUUGCUAAAGGACAGCCAAAAGCAAAAGCUAAACAAAAUUAUUCAAAAAAAAAAAAAGCCAAAGAAUCUUCACUGCCAUAAUACAUACAGAAAAGAAAAAGUAUCAGUUAAAAUAAGCAAAAAAAAUGUCUGUAUUUCCUCCUUGUAGGUUAAGUUAAGCACCUUUAAAUCUCCUUAUUUUCCCACCAUUCACCUCCUACUACCCUUUCUUUCACAUUGUAUGAAAUAUUUCUAUAAACCCAGAAAAUCCUAUUGUUUUUUUUCAUGCAAACAUAUAAUGUGACAUUGCAAAAUUGAAGAAAAAAAUAUUUAAAAUACCCUUCUGAACAAGUUUUUUUAUUGUUUCUUUGUUUUUCAAUGGCAACAACAACUCAGAAACUGAUCGUAGAAGUGAUUGAUGCACGUAAUCUGUUACCGAAAGACGGUCACGGGACGUCGAGUCCUUAUGUUGUGAUCGACUACUAUGGACAAAGGAAGCGGACAAGGGCAGUUAUGAGGGAUAUAAACCCUACAUGGAACGAGGUUCUUCAGUUCAACGUGGAAAAAUCCUCUGAUGUUUUCAGUGACAUGCUUGAACUCGAUGUUUACCAUGAUAAGAAUCAUGGGCCAACCAGUAGGAACAAUUUUUUGGGAAGAAUAAAGUUGAGUUCUGGACAGUUUGUUAAGAAAGGUGAAGAAGCUUUGAUUUAUUAUCCUUUGCAGAAGAAAUAUUGGUUUAGUUGGAUUCGAGGUGAGAUAGGCUUGAAGAUUUAUUAUGUUGAUGAGGUUGCGCCACCUCCGGCUGUGGCUGCGCCUGCUGUGGAGGAGGCGAAAGCGGAGGAGGAGAAGGCGGAACCGCCGCCUUCGGAUAAGGCAGCGGCCCCGGUUUCUUCUGACCAACAACCAGCGCCUGCUGAGGUGAAGCCUAAUGAGACACCGGCAAGUGCAGUGGAGGGAGAGCAAGCGGCGGAGAUGGCGCCGAGUGAGCCGCCUGCGGGUAGUGAGACUGAGAAAGCUAAUGAAGCUGAGCCAGCGGGAGAAGAGAAUGGUGCAGCUAAAGGUGAAAUGCCAGCAGAAGGAGCUGAUCAAGUGGAGCCAGAAGCAGAUUCACAAUCUGUACAACCUAAUGAUCAUGAUAAUGACAUUGUGCUUGAGCCUACAUCAGCAAAUUGGGCCCCACCGGCGCCACCACCGGAUAUCAUUGCAUCAACAACAUCGGGAUCUAUUCCGGAAAUCAAAGUUGCCCGAACCACCUCUGCUCCGCCGCCACUCUCACGGCCGGCAAUCCCCACCAAUUAUGUUUCCUCCGUGGACCCACCUGAUCACACCCCAAUCGAACGAUCCUCAUUUGAUCUUGUUGAAAAAAUGCAUUAUGUUUUCGUCAAAGUGGUGAAAGCCGGCUCCCUUCCCACCAAUGGCAACCCAGUGGUCAAAAUCGCCAUCUCCAGUUCCCACGUCACAUCAGAACCCGCUCGAAGAGCCAAGUACUUUGAGUGGGACCUGACGUUUGCAUUCGCCCGCGACACACCGGAAACCUCCUCAUUUCUGGAAGUUUCCGUUUGGGCGGAUGCGGGUGGAGCCAAUUUCUUAGGUGGAGUUUGCUUCGACGCGACGGAGAUACCUUUACGAGAUCCACCAGACAGCCCAUUGGCACCGCAAUGGUAUAGGUUGGAAGGAGGUGGAGCCCACAGAGGUGAUCUAAUGCUUGCCACGUGGAUCGGGACCCAAGCUGACGAGGCAUUCCCUGAUUCGUGGAAAUCGGAUACCGCCGGUAGCCGUGUCAAUUCACGCGCCAAAAUUUAUCUCUCCCCUAAGCUUUGGUACCUUCGAGCUUCCGUCCUAGAAGCGCAAGAUAUUUUGCCGUUAACGGCGUUAAAAGAAGGCUCGUUUCAAAUUAAAGCUCAAUUGGGAUUUCAAGUGCAGAAAACUAAAGUUUCCGUUUCUCGUAACGGCAACCCGUCAUGGAAUGAAGAUCUCAUGUUCGUUGCCGCCGAGCAAUUUGGGGAUCAUUUAAUAUUCUAUCUCGAGAAUCGACAACCAAAAGGACCGGUGACAUUGGGGGUAGUCGGAAUACAGCUUACCGCCAUUGAACGUCGCGUGGAUGAUCGGAAAGUGAUAUCUCGAUGGUUCAAUCUACAGGAUCCGAAAAACGAUAAAAAAGGUUACAAAGGUAGACUACAUUUGAGCCUAUGUUUCGACGGUGGAUAUCACGUGAUGGAUGAGGAGGCGCACGUUUGCAGCGACUAUCGACCGACAGCAAGACAGUUGUGGAAGCCGCCGGUUGGGACACUUGAGCUUGGAAUCAUUGGCUGCAAGAAUUUGCUGCCGAUGAAAACGGUGAACAGUAAAGGGUCCACGGAUGCAUACACGGUGGCAAAAUAUGGGUCGAAGUGGGUCCGAACUCGUACAGUGUCGGAUUGUUUGGAUCCCAAAUGGAAUGAGCAGUACACGUGGAAGGUGUAUGAUCCAUGUACCGUGUUGACAAUUGGCGUGUUUGAUAGUCGGGGAGCAUUCGAUAUCAACGGUGAAAAAGAGGCCACGCGUCCAGAUUUUCGUAUGGGGAAAGUACGGAUACGCAUAUCUACACUGGAGACAGGUAAAGUGUAUAGGAAUACGUAUCCUUUGCUGAUGCUGGGUAAUAGUGGGGUGCAAAAUAUGGGUGAGCUAGAGGUAGCUGUAAGGUUUGUUCGUGCAGUUCCAACAUUAGAUUUCUUACACGUGUACUCCCAGCCUUUAUUACCGUUGAUGCAUCAUAUAAAGCCUUUAGGAGUGGCCCAACAAGGGAUGCUAAGAGGCACAGCUGUGAAAUUAUUGGCUGCGCACUUGUCACGAUCGGAGCCGCCACUUGGGAGUGACGUGGUGUGUUACAUGCUCGAUGCGGACUCACACACGUUCAGCAUGAGGAAAGUACGUGCGAAUUGGUCAAGGAUAGUCAACGUGCUAUCGAGUUUGAUUGAUGUCGUACGGUGGAUAGAGAAUACACGUGCAUGGAAGAAUCCAACGGCUACAAUACUUGUGCAUGCAUUGCUAGCGAUGCUAGUGUGGUUCCCUGAUUUGAUCAUCCCCACAUUAGCAUUCUAUGUGUUUGCGAUUGGAAGUUGGAACUAUAGGUUUAGAUCGAGGCACAAAUUGCCCCACUUUUGUCCCAAGAUCUCAUUGGCUGGCACCGUUGAUCGUGAUGAACUUGAUGAAGAAUUUGAAACAAUGCCAACCAACCGAUCACCGGACAUCGUACGUAUGAGGUACGAUAAGCUAAGGGCAAUAGGAGCACGUGUGCAGAACAUAUUGGGUGAUUUUGCCACGCAAGGUGAACGUGUACAAGCUUUGGUGACAUGGCAAGACCCGCGUGCCACGGGGAUUUUUGUAGGGUUAUGUUUCGUCGUGGCAUUCCUGUUGUACUUGGUACCACUAAAGAUGGUUGCAAUGGCAUUUGGAUUCUACUAUUUCCGGCAUCCACUGUUCCGGGACCGAAUGCCUUCGCCGGCAUUGAACUUCUUCCGAAGGCUUCCAGCUUUGUCCGACAGAAUCAUGUAGGUCAAUAGGGAAGGGCCAGUUUUUUCUCUACAACUAGUUAAGUUACAGCACCCGAUCUUUUUGUUAGUUUUAUAUGUAACUUAUGUAGCUUUUUCUGCUAAGCAAAAAUGGGGUUAU